GACGUCAAACGCAGCUUGACCUACUUGUUGCCAUGGUAACCCACAGAGAGCGUCGGGGACCCUCGAACAAUCUAGAUUAGCUUGCUAGCUAGCUAGCUAAAUUGAGCCAUGGCUAGUUCACAGAAAAUCAAAAGCUUUUCUUGGCGAAACGACGACGAGGAGAGCAGAAUGACCAUGUUUGAUGUGUGUCACGGGGAAGUGAGAGAGAAGAUCGUGCUACAGCGGCUGAUUGUGAUUGCUCGGCUCCCCCCCGACGCUGACCCGACAGAACUGGGAGCUUAUUAUGAAAAACUCAACUUUCAGCUAAGCAAACAGUACAUAUGGGAUCACAUGACGGGCCUGCUGUUAAUUUAUCCAUCCUGUCUUCUGCAUGUUGUUGAAUCAUCCAGGGAGGUCCUGGUUUCUGUUUUGAAAGACCUUAAAGACAUGCAACAACAGCCAGCCGGGACCUUGCUGGAAGCUGCCAAGGUUGUGUUCAUGACACAUAACCCUCCAAACAGGCUGUUCCAACAGUGGAGCUACAAGGUGCUCAGUGCAGACCUGGGGACGGAGGUGACUAAGGGACACGAUGAAGAAGACGAGCACACAGAGACUCUGGUUUGCACUGUCCUGUCAGCGCUGCAGAACCUGGGCGAACGUCUUAAAAUAUCCAAGGCUGUUCCUGGGUCAGGGCUGGAGAAGUCUCCGGAGGUCUCUCAGUUUGUUGAGAAUGUCUCUCAGGACGUUGUCAAUAACCUUUUGGCUCGAGAGGAGCUCAUGACUCCGCAACAACACCUCCAGAUGUUCAACUCCCCAUUAAACAUCAGCAUGGACUUUGGACAAGUCAUGCGAAGCGGCUGCCUCACUACAGUUUAACACUUUGGACAAAAGGUCUAAGGAUGUGUUUGGCCUUCACUAAAGCACCUUGGAUGUGACUGAAGGCUUCCUAGCAGAUAGAAAUCACUGUGACAGUUAUACACCAGCAUUCAAUAAACUGCAGCACUUCUUUU